UGGGCAGGGAAGGGCCGUAGUGCUACCACAAUCAGUUUGUGGUGCCCACACCUCCAGGCACUCAUUCAGGCAAUUUGGAUAGAAAUUGACAAAAAAACGCCACAUCUUACAAGCUUUCCAACCAGGGUCAGUGGGGAUGGGUUUGGGCAACCUAGCAGUAUCCUAGCCCUCGUGCAACCUUCAGGUGGCAUGGCAUUUAUGCACCGAAAGGCACCCUUUCGGUGCCUAGAUGUCAUGCCACACGAAGGAGGCACGAGGGUUAGAAUUCUGCCAUGUUGUCCAAGCCUAGACAGGGGAAGUCGAGAGGCAGAGGCUGGUUUCGAACCACGGACCUGCCGGUCAGUAAAUUCGCGUUGUACCAACUUGGUCCAUCUCGCCUGGAAUGAACCGUACUACAUGUGCCUCAGUGCACGAGCCUCCCUAGAAGAAUUAAAUAGAAACCACAUGUUCCGUGUCAGCAGACCAUCAGCUAAGCUAGGUGAAUCGUUCAGCUGUACCACCCUUUCGGCGCCUAGAUGCCAUGCCACACGGAAGUACGAGGGCUGGGAUACUACCAGGUUGCCCAAACCUAGACAGGGGAAGUCGAGAGGCAGAGGUCAGGUUCGAACCACGGAGCUUCCGGUGAAGAUGGCCGACAUUCGGUGCAGAAACGCACAUCAAGAUUUAGAGCGAGGGAACGCGAGCGAAACGAGGCAAACAUGGACAACUGCCACGCCACCCGAAGGAAGCACGAGGGCUGGGAUACUGCCAGUUCGCCCAGGCCUAGACAUGGGGAGUCGAGAGGUGGAAGUCGGAUUCGAACCACGAACCUUCUUUCAUAAACUGCUGUGGUAUGCGUGCUGGGCUUACUAUCUAUUGAAGUGCGCUGUCUCUCCGAAAGGAGGUUUUGAGACCCAAGUACGGUUUAUGCUCGCUUCGGGUUGCGAACCUCUGGCGAUCCAGAAGACGCUGCAGCUGGUUCCAUCGCGUCUGUGCGGUUUAUUUGGCAAUGUCUGUGAGAGUUAUGUGCACGCGUCGAUAAUCACAGGCUGUUCAUUGUAUCUGCUUAUGCCUCAACAGACUGUAGCUCUGGCACACUCAGAGACGGUUUUUACGGUGCUUUUGACGCCUUGUUGCGGCAGGUUAAGAGCUCAAAUAUUGUUGCGGUUGCCGGAUAUGAAUGCACAAAUGAGCAGAGAGAGUUCAUGGCGAGCUACUCAAAGGCAGGUGUCUAAGCAGGUGUCUAACAAGGUUGCCUACUCUUUUUUCGUUUUUUUUUACUUUCGUCAUUAA